UCGAAAGAUCUUAGAAAAUCCUUCAAUGAAUGCAUAAACCAAUAUAUAUUUAUACAUAUUUUUUUAUAAAAGAUUUUUCGGGACAACAGCAGGCAACAACUUCAAUUAUGAAGAUACUAUAACGAACACACGCGCAAAAAUGCGUUAAAGGCUGUGAUUAUUUUAUCUGAAGCUUAAGUUUGAAUAAUUCAAUAUCGAAUAAUUUUAAACUAUUAAUUCUUUCGUUAUUAAUGAUAUUCUAGUGAUAUAUUGAUAUACAUGUAAAUACAUCGGUGCUUUUAUUAAUCAUUAAUUGGAAAACUUAAGGAUUGUUUGCAACACGACAAACUUAUUGAAAGUAUUCUUUUGUCGCUAAAAAAAACAACUGAAAGGAUAACAUAAUUGAGAAAAUUUAGAAUUCUCUCGGUUUCUCUGUUUCUAUAUACAUAUUACAUAUACAAUAUAAAAACUGUAAGCUCCAGUAAAAACAAGAGGAAACAAGGGAAAACAUUAACUAGAAACAAAAACGACAAGAAAAUAUCUAAUAUUACGGGACCGGAAGUGGGAUCUGUCACAGUUUCCAAUUUAAUAAGUGGCAAUGUAGCAGUGCGUUACAAUGAAGGGUCGGAGGUUGUUGUUACGGGGGAUGUCGUCCUGGCAGCCCCAUCCAGGUUAAGAGGAGCAAUUAAUCUAUCAACCACGACGACGAUCACGAAGACAGCGACGAUAACUCCCAGUAUGGAUACCAGUGGUGAUUCGAAUAUGGACACUGACAACAGUGGUUCCGCUGCUACAGGCGUCGGUACCAUUGCCUCUGUCGUCGCCAACGCCGCAGCUUUGACAUUGGUUAAGGCCGAGAGGCCAGAUCAUCUGGCAGGAACAUCAACGUCACCUGCGACGGUGACUACUGUUGCUACUGGGCCGAUCGGCACCGGAAAUAAUCUUUUUACCGGUAUCGCUAACAGCAAUAAGAGAGCUAAGUCAGACGAUUGGCUAGCGACGAACAGUCCGGAAUCGCCGCAGAACUCAUUACCGAAUCAGCACGUGGUUUACUCCACUUCUCAGCAGCAAUUGUCGGAACAACAACCUCAUAUGGCCCACUCCAGUCCACUCGCGCAUCAACAACAGCAAGUUAGCAAUAAUGGAUACGCGAGUCCCAUGAGCACUGGCAGUUACGAUCCGUACAGCCCCAACGGUAAAAUAGGUAAGUAAUUAUUGUUUUGAUAAAACUUAUUAUAAAAAUUGCUUUCAGAAGAGCACAUGUACACAUUGAGGAUUAUUAUCUAACGAAAACAAUGUGUUUUUAACAUAAAUCAUAUUUAUAAUAUUUACAUUAUUGCAUAAUUAUAAUUUAAAAAAAUU